AAUAUAGCUUACAGUUUAGCUUUUAAUUUUUGCCCUGCGGCGGAAUUUGCUAUCAAUGUUUCUCAUUGACGUUUUUUCCACAUGUCUAAAUGUUAUUUUAAAUUCAGUUGUCUUAAAUCUUAACGUGGCAUAUGUGUUAUAAGGUCAUCAUUGUACUGAAAAAUAAAAAUGGUGCAGCCUACUCUUUCUUCAUCGAUUCAAAAUCUCAUGAAGAGGAUAUUCAACAUAAACAUGCUGAAAGAAGUGAUAAAACAUUAUGAACUAGAUGAAAAAAGCAAGAAACUUUUUGACAAAAAACUGCAAAAAUAUCGGCACCAUAAGCACUUCUAUGCAUUUGAAGACAAGCAACGUUCAACAUCGCAUUUAAACAAUGAAGAAAUAUUUCAAGUGAUGUUCGAGAUGCUACUUGAAUUGAUAGACAGUCAACUUGACAACUGUAACUUCAAUCACAGAAUGUACAGCCUAAGUGAAAACUUGUUAGACAUUUGCUACAAUCAAUUGCAAUUUUCAAUUGACGUCCUUAGCAUUGAUACCGAUGAUUUCAAGGUUAUUCUAAAGUACAUUCAAAACACUCAUUCACGUUUUCACGAUCAUUACACAAGUAAAGUUGAAAAUAUCUUCACUGUAAAAGAAAAUGAUGACACAAAGUUUAUGAAAAAUUUAGACAACAUAAAAUUACUUUGGUAUGGAACUGAAGUUCAUAAAGUAGCCGAUAUUUUAUUCCAAGGUUUCAAUGGCACACGACUAAAUAACCGUUCUUUUGAUGAAGAAAUAUGCUUUACAAAUAUUGCGUCCAAAGCUGCGAAUCAUUGCGGUACCUACGGAAGGAAUAAAAAUGGCGUUUUAUUGCUUUGUGAAGUUGCGUUGGGAGAUGUUGUUGAGAGCUACAAAACUGAUGACGGGCAGCAGUUACCUUUUGGCAAACAUUCGAUCUUUGGAAGGGGAUUUUUAUCACCGGAUCAAACACUUGCAGAGAAAUUUUCUGGAGUUGAAGUUCCUUGUGGACCACUUGUUGAAUUCUUCCGUAGGACGGACUUGCGCCAUGAUAAGUUUAUUGUGUAUAAUGAAAAUCAAGUCAGAAUUCGUUACAUUGUGACCGUUAAAUUUGACUAUACUUCUCGGUAA